UCGUGUUCCUGGUCCUAACAACCCUGUGACAGAAAUCAAACGGAAGCCCGCACCUCAUCAAUCCGUUCCUCCACAGCAAUCAACCGUGACCGAUCCACGCAGUAGCCUCGGGCCUGAGUGGCUGGCAAGGAUGGCUGAGAGCACGAAUGCGAUUCGAAACUCUCGUCAUCGGAUCAAUGGGUCCAUGGACUCUUCGGACUUUGAGGGCAGCAUUAGCAGGACAAUGGCUGCCACGGCGACGGAGGCGGGCAGGGACGCGGAAACAAUCCCAACCGGCAAAGGCCAAUAAUGCCACCCGAGACGGUUUAGUGAUUGGAGCAAGAACUCGCUCGCAGAGUGCUGCCUCACUUUCGGGACAACCCAGCGGAGCAGAUACCAUAAAGAGAAAACCGGUACAAUUAUCGGUCACGACGCACACAUCCUUGCCCUCGGGUGAUAAUGAUGAAGGUAAAGGCCAGGGUCAGCACUCACCCUCGUCAUUUGCCACAGUAUCUCCGUCUCUGGUCUCCAAUCGGACCAUCGGCAUAUCCCCGGUGGCACGGGAAAUCACGCAGAGAGCUCAUCCCGGCAGCAAACAGAAUGCUUUGGGAAAUGACGACGGCGAGAGCAUGGAAAAGCAAAGGGCUUUGGCAGCUUUACCCACUGGGAAAGCUUCUCCCCAUGGGCAUCAAUCUCAUUCUCCAGCCUCGCAUACUCAUGAAUCUGCCGGCCCACGGGCCGCUCCCUUCCAUCCCCAACACUUACCCCAGCCUCAAUUAUUCUCUCCCUCUCCCCAGAUACCCCGGCAUACUUUUCCUGUUUCCUCAGAAUGCAAUUCUACAAUCCAUUCUUCUAGCCGUGGCUCCAAUGUAGAGCCUGGAAACCCCCCAACAGUACCAGCCCCACGGGGCACCACCGCACCAAUCGUACCUUUUGUUUCCUCUGCUUCUGUAAUCACUCCAAUCACUAUCACAAACAAUAACAGCAAAGCCCCUGUAAUCCCAACAGCCUUGGCUAAACCCAUCUACCCUCCCCCUCCUCUCCCUUCACCUCUUCUCCGGUCAUCGUUUUCCACGGGAACUGUUCCUACCACUGCUACAUCACCAUCUUCUGGCCUAACCCCCGGACCUACGGGAAGCCCGGGCACCACGGGCACCACGGGCACUACGGGUAUCCAACAUACCCACGCUCACGCCCACGCACCCACACAUGUUUAUCCGCGGACUUGGACUCCUUCUCCGGCCCUGACGCAACGCGUCGCCAUUCCCCUUGCUGCUGCCGCAGCCGCUGCUUCUGCUACUCCGUCCCCAGUAUCCCCAGCGACGGCACUAUCUCCGUCUUUGUCUCUGGAGGAGGGGAAAGAGAUGGACCCCUCCACGGAUAAUCGAUUCGAUACUGCCCGCAGGAAAUCCGCUCCCAUGGCAUACAGACCGCCCUCGGAACUGCUAUCACCACCGCCACCGCUGCCGGGUAAACUCCGCUUGGGUAAAGGGUCCGUGGACAAUCUGCGGAGAUUGUACGAAGAGCGAGCCGGCGCGGCGAGUAGUCUUGUUGCCGUGGGCGUGUCGAAACAGAAGAGUUUUGGGGCUUAAUUAUGUCUACUUGUAUUAGGAUCUGUCCUUGUGGCAUCUUUUUCUUUUUCCUCCCCUUCUUCUCCUGUCGUUGUCCAAGGCGACUUUGUCCUACUUGUUCCACAGACUCCAAUUUUCAUUCGUUGGUCAUAGACUCGAU